GCGACAACUAAAACAGACCCUCCCAUACUCAAAGUAUCUGGAGAUAAAGCUAAGCUAACGUUAGCCAACUCAGCUAACUAGUCGAUCAUAACAGACAGAUUCGAGUUUAUUUAUCCGCCGACUGGCAUGGAAAGGGUGCAACUUUAUUUCUUAUUUCUCUUGUGCAUUUUAUGUGUAAGCGUCUGGGGGUAAAAUGUGUCAUUUUUAACUCGCACUGAGAGCUAAUGGCAAGUAAGUUUGCUACGUUUAGCCCGCUAAACGACAUGCUAUAGAUUAAGUGUGCUCUCCCUGGAAGUUGGACGGCGCUAACGUUUCAGGGGGACCAGUCCUCUGGUUUGGCGUUAAUGUCAGAUGCCCACAUUCUGCUGCAGAGGAGAGUGCAUCAGGAUGAGGAGACUGUAGGCACCCGCCGUAGUAUGGCCGCGUCCCGUUCUUCGCGUGUCACAAGGUCAUCAGUGGGGCUCAAUGGAUUGGAUGAGAAGUUUUGUGGUCGAACCCUCAGAAACCGCAGCAUCGCCCAGCCAGAAGAGACAUCAGUAUCUCCACAACCUAGGGCACGCUCCCCCAAAAAGAAGCAGGAGUCCAAGCAAGAUACCAGUAAGGACAACAGGCAGGAGUCCAAGCAUGAUGCCAGAAAAGAGUCAAAGUAUGAUACCAAUAAGGACUCUAAACAAGAGUCAAAGCAGGAUUCCAGUAAAGACUCCAAACAAGAGUCAAGUCAGCAUGCCAAUAAGAUUUCCAGGCAAGAGUCAAAGCCUGAUACCAGUAAGGUCUCAAAGCAAGAGACCAAGCAAGAUACUAGUAAGAACUCCAAGCAAGAGUCAAAGCAGGAUAAUAGGAAGGACUCCAAGCAAGAGUCAAAGCAGGAUACAAGUAAGGACUCCAAGCAAGAGUCAAAGCAGGAUACAAGUAAGGACUCCAAGCAAGAGUCAAAGCAGGAUACAAGUAAGGACUCCAAGCAAGAGUCAAAGCAGGAUACAAGUAAAGACUCAACGCAAGAGUCAAAGCAGAAUAAUAGUAAGGACUCCAAGCAAGAGUCCAAGAAGGAUACAAAUAAGGACUCUACACAAGAAUCAAAACAGAGUAAUAGCAAGGACUCUAUGCAAGACUCCAAGCAGGAUACAAGUAAGGACUCCAUUAAGGAGUCUGAGCAGGACGCCAUCAAGGAGUCGAAGCAGGAUGCCAUCAAGGAGUCGGAGCAGGACGCCGUCAAGGAGUCGAGGCAGGAGUCGAAUGACAAUAAACAAGACAACAAGCAGGACACUGGUGAGGAACUUAAUCAAGACUUUGAGUCGGAGUCAAAGCAUGCUGCUAAACAUGACACAAAACCACAGGAAACCUCCUUGCAAGAUACCCAGCAACUGGACAUCUUGCAGAGAAACAUAGCUGACUCCAGUAUUCCUGCAGGUGAUGAGGAUCAUUCGACUGUCUCUAGGAAGCGGGGCAUGUCUCGUUUGGAAAAAGACCUUAAACAAGAGAAGUCCGAGAACUGUGACACAGGGAAAGAGUGGCGGAAUACCUUGCCUCCAAUCAAAAAGGCCAAGCAGUGCGCUCUCUCUGGAGAGUUUCUGGGACACGAAGAGGACCAAGGGUUUCUGAAUCCCCAAAGUCAAGUUUCUGUCUCAGAGUCUUGCAAGGACUUAAUUUGUGAAGACUUACCCAGCCACAACUCUUGUAAUGCACCACCUGCCUCCUUUAUCCUCAGUGAGCAGGAAGGUGAGGUAAUUGGGCGACACGUGAAGGAAGAUCAUUGCAUGGAUUGUGAUGGGCCAGUUUUGCCACAAAAUUUCCACAAGGCCUCUAAUGGACUCCGAGAAACUGAUGCAGAGGAAACUAGCACAGUCACUGAACACCCCAGUGCAACCCCCACCUCUGCCACCAGCUUCCCUUCUCUGCCAAACGGCAGUCAAAUGGAGGCUCCCUUGUCCCCUGACUCUGUGCCUUUUAGAAACUCUGUACCUGGGCCAAUGGAGGUUUCUGGCUCAGGAGAAUCACCAGCCUCAUCUGCACUAACAUUUAUGGGUUCUGUAGAAGAUCCUGUUCCUGAGUUGAUAGUGGCCAAAGAGCAGGAGGUGGAGGAAGUGGAAGUCGAUGUGGUAGGUGACCCCUUGGGUCUGGCUCACGAGGAGCAGGUGACUGUGAGCGAGGGCGAUACAAACGGCUGGUCACCAUCACCAGUACAGGAACCUGCUGCCUCCACUUCGUCCUCUACUGCGAACGUAAACUGUAGUUCAGUCAACAACAGCAACUCAGGAGAAACUACGCCCACACCCAUAACACCCCAGUCCCCCACAGAGCCAGAGUGCAACCCUUCAAUGUCCAGCAUGACCCCUUCUUUCACAGAGCUCAACGAACACAGAUAUACCCUGCGGACUUCACCUAGGAGAGUUGUGUCUGGUGGGAAAGCAUCUUCCUCCAAACCCAGCUCUCCUAUGACAGACAAUGGUCCCUUUAGGGAAGAAGGGGAGGUGGAGGACGACUGUCCAAUGUUAGAGGAACCUUCUUGCUCAGACUCAGUUGGCCUCUCCAGUGAGGAGGCAGGUUCUGUUAAUCCUAGUUGUAGAGUAGGUGAGAAGGACAGUGACUUUAUGGAGGACAAGGAGACAGAAAAUGGCAAGGAGCUAACACGAAGCGAGGCCAUUGAAGAAGAAGAAGAGGAGGAGGAGGAAGAGGAGGAGCCAGACGUGUAUUACUUUGAGUCAGACCACCUGGCUCUUAAACACAACAAAGAUUAUCAGAGGCUGCUGCAGACCAUCGUAGUACUGGAGGCGCAGCGAGCUCAGGCCAUUCUGGACCUGGAGACGUUGGCACGUCAGCAGAGGGAGGCUCUCUCUGAACCCAUCAGCUUUGUGGAGCAGCUGCAGAAACAGGCGAAUUUGGGUCUGCCGUGUCCUCAGCGGGUCGUCCAGCUCCCGGACAUCGCCUGGGAACAGUACACCUCCGGUCUGGGGGAGUUCGAGAGAGAGUUCUGCGACAAGAAACGAAAAACCCGGCAGCUGAAGUUAAUCUUUGAUAAAGGUUUGCCUCUUAGACCAAAAAGUCCUGUUGAACCCAAGAAAGAAGGUGAAUCGUCAGCCGUGUAUUCCUCUCUUCCCACCAGUGACGCCCCUGAGAACGGCAGGCAAACACAGAUGAUCAGGGGGAGGAUUUGUCACCCAAAUAAGCCUGACACGUUUAACCAGCUGUGGACGGUGGAGGAGCAGAAAAAACUGGAGCAGCUUCUUGUCAAGUUCCCGCCUGAAGAAGUGGAGUCUAAAAGGUGGCAGAAGAUCGCUGAUGAACUCGGCAAUCGAACGGCCAAACAGGUUGCCAGCAGGGUUCAAAAGUAUUUCAUCAAACUGACAAAAGCUGGUAUCCCUGUGCCUGGAAGAACCCCCAACCUCUGCAUGUACACUAAAAAGGCCUCCAGUAAGAGACAGCAUCACCUAAACAAGCAUCUGUACCGGCCGUCCACCUUCCUGACCUCCUACGAGCCUCCGGUCUACAUGGAGGAUGAGGACGAGCGCGCGGCGUUUUACCACAGCGUGCAGGACCCUUCUGCUGACGAUUCGGAUGAGGAGAGCGUUCCUGUGGAGCUGAGGAACCUGCAAGAGUACAAAGAGCUUUUACAGCUGAAGAGGUUGAAAAAACAGAAACUCCAGGAGAUUCGAGAGGAUAACGCCAGGGUGCAGCACAUGGGUUACAAGUGUGACAUGUGCAGCAUGGAGCCCAUCCAGGGGGUCCGUUGGCACUGUCAGGACUGUCCUCCAGAAAACUCUGUCGAUUUCUGCUCCAACUGCUCAGACUGCUUAUUCAAGACAGAGACCCAUAAACCUGACCACCACCUGGAAGCGGUGUAUCAGCCAGACACCUUUCUGGACAGGGACUAUUGCCUGCCGCAGAGCGCAGGCUACAACUACCUGGACCCUAAUUACUUCCCCGCCAACAGAUGACAGAGUCCCAGGCGCCGCUAGCUCCAGGUCUCUCUCGCCACAUGUCCUGCAGGCCACUCUGUGCAUGGCUCCAUCCUGUAAGCCCAAGAUUACCGCUGAGCCGGAGCAGCGGGGUUAGAGUUGGAGUAGACCUCGGCUCUGAUGCUGGUUGCUCAGCAACACCUCAGCCGGGUUAUUCAGAAACUAUAUUUUUAAAAAACAAACAAAAGCGAGAAGGCACACGACAUUCCUGAGCUCCUCCCCUGACGUUUCCAGUUUUCUCCUCCAUGCUGCUUUCAAACUGGAAAAUUGAGUGAUUGGUCUGGCGAAGCGCCACCUAGUGGAGACACUUGGGGCUUGUUUUCGUGUGCAUGUGGUUUCCCCAAGAAUGAAGAAUACUUAAAAAAAAAAAAAAGAUCAAGAAAAAAAGGUUGAAAACUUGGAGCAUUUCUGCAGACCUCACUGUGUUUCCCAACACACACACAAACACACACACACCUUCAUCCGUUUCCUUUUGCUCUCUUCACUAAAACUAACUAGGAAACACUACAACACGGAGAGCGACGUCAUUAUUUUUCUUUGAAGGCAGGCGAAUGAUGUUGAAAACCACACAAAGCUGUGUUUUAUUUUUCUUUUGCCUCCUCUUCCCUCAUUGUGUGCCGUUGUUGAUCAUGUUGAGUGUUCAAGUAUAUGGUGAAAAGUGAAAAGUAGCCACCGCUAGUUGCUGUGUGCCAUUAAAAAAUAAAAACAAACAAAAAAGAUGUUUUUUUUUUUUUUCUUUAUCUUUUUUUUUUCUUCCCCUCGCGCUUCGGGCAGAUGGAGAAACCCUGAAAGCUGACCACAUUUUCUCCAUUGCCCUGUUAUCGAAUCCCAUCGUUAAGCCUCCACAUCUCUUAAUUUCACCACCCACUUUAAAAGGUCCAUUUAAAAAGAUUGUAUUUUUAUUAAUCUAUUUAAACAUGAAUAAUUGAGGUAGUGGUUGGUGCCUCUGCGACCCACAGAGUUUUAUAUACAUAGAUUUUGUUGUGCUUGAAUAGAUGCCAUUUUGUAUGGUUUUUUGUCUUCUUUCCCUCACCACCUUUCCCCCUGCUUCAGUAUCUGUGUAUAACAGUCUGUUCUUAUGUAAAAAAUAAUAAUAAUAAUAAUGUAAAAAAAAAAAUGCUAGAGGAGAACCGUGGAAAUAAAAGUAUGUGAAAAAUG